GCGGCCUAGCGUCGGUUGCCGAGGCCGCGGGCUGGGCAGCGGGCCCGACGGGAGGCCAUGGCUGUCAGCGAGCUGGAGCGCGACUCGGUCGUCGAGCGCCCAUUGCACGGCUCCGUCGUCACCAACUUAAGUAUCCCGCUCGGCACUGCCGGCGGUCCCCGCGGCUGCGAGAACGGAGCCCUGAUGGGCAACUUCGGCAUGUUCAUCCAGGGCUUGCUGGGGGUGGUGGCCUUCAGCCUGCUGAUGUUGAAACGUUUUCGAGAGCCAAAGUAUGAGAGGCGACCAUGGAAGAUAUGGUUUUUGGAUACAUCAAAACAGGCUAUUGGCAUGCUAUUUAUCCACUUUGCCAAUGUCUACCUGUCAGACCUGACUGAAGAGGACCCAUGUUCACUGUAUCUGAUUAAUUUCCUUCUGGAUGCCACACUUGGUAUGCUCUUGAUCUAUGCUGGAGUGCGAACAGUAGGUGUCCUAGUUGAAUGGCAACGUUGGGAUUCUCUUCGAUUUGGAGAGUAUGGAGACCCACUAGAAUGCAGUGCUUGGUUUGGACAGUGUGCACUUUACCUACUGAUUAUGAUGUUGGAGAAGACCGUGGUGAUUAUAGUGCUGCUUUUACCUCAAUGGAAGAAGGUUGCUCUGCUCAAUCCAAUCCAGAACCCGCAGCUGGAGCUGGCAAUUGUGAUGCUGAUAGUUCCUUUUUUUGUCAAUGCAUUAAUGUUUUGGGUGGUGGAUAAUUUUCUAAUGAGGAAAGGCAAAACUAAAGCUAAACUGGAAGGAGAAGGCGGUGAGGAUGAUUCUAGAAGCAGCAACAAAGUUAGAUACAGAAGAGCAGCAUCACAUGAGGAGUCUGAGUCUGAGAUUCUAAUUUCAGCAGAUGAUGAGUUGGAUGAAUCUGAAGGUGAUGAAGACCUUAGGAGACUGACAAACAUAAAGCCUAUUAAAAAGAAGUUGCGAUUCGGAGGCCUCCCCGUAUGACCCAGAAUGACCACAGUGCUCUAUUUCUCGGAGUUAUGAGGGGAGUCAUGCCAUCGCAGAGGGAAUUGUUUCCUCCCGUAAACUACACUGUGAAAAUGAGCUGCAUACAGUGUGUGGAGCAGCACAGGGAUCUGAAAGAUGAUUAGGGUGAGGCCAAGGUGAUUGUGCUUGCGAUCUCAGCUCUCCACUUUGCACUGAUACCAAACAUUCCUGAGCAAAGUCAUCCAUUAUUUGCACACAGAAAAUGUACAGGACCUUUGGGUGCAGGAGAACAGAUUUCUUUCAGCACAUCAAGUUUUGAUCCUUUGUUUUAAGUUAUUAAAUCUGAUGCCCAGUCUGUUUGUAUCCUUAAUAUAUUGACCAUGAACCCUGAAUUUUCAACUCUCAGUUAGCAAUGUAUUUAUGGCACAAUGUGGUUAUAAAUUGGAGUUCUGUCAACACAAGAACUUGGCAAUUACCAAAUCAAAAAUGCCAGAACAGAAAUUACCAGUAGAAAAGCAUGAAUGUGGCAACUUAAUUGUACCCUCUCUCCUGAAUUUCUCCUGAUCACCCCGUAUCCUACAUAAAUUCUCACCCCACCAUUCUCCCUCACCCUUCACCCAUUUUAUUACCAGUUGAGAUUUUUUGCUUCAUUAAUGAAGUGUUAUGCAUUUUUCGAUGGUUAGGACGCUAAUCUUAAUAACGAUAUUGGCUCAAUUGAAUUGUGGCAUUUUGCAGCACAAUUCUCAGUGAACUGCAAAGAUGGCCAACAAAACAUUAAAGGACAAUUGUCCAUCAGUGUCUGACAAUACUCAACAUCCCACAAUUAUGUUUUAAUGGUAUUCCCUGGUUCUAAUUCAUGCCUGUUUUGGCAGAACAACUUAAUUAGUGACAGUUUAUUGAAGCUUCUUGUUCAGUAUUAAGACCUGAAUGUGUGAUUCUUCUUUGGAAAAAGCCCUGACAGAAACAACCUUAUCAAUAUUUGAUGCAGGUUAGCAAGGAAGGUACAAGUAUUGCACAGUUCAAUUGACAUUGAGAUGGCAUUAAGGCACUUUUUGAAAUGGAGAGUGUACUACCUGAUAGAUAUCUGUCCUGGAUGGGUUCUUCGGGAUUGUGUACAGAAAACAGUGCUUGAGGGUGUUUGAUGUUGUUGCUGGGCACCUGAAUUGAUGUUCCAUUUCUAACAUUGAUGUCACUCACAUUAAGAAUAUUAAUUUACUUGUACAUAGAAAUCACAAGUUAAUUUCAACAGGACUGUUAGUUCUGUUAAAUAAUAAUGAUUUUGAUAUGAGUGGUUUAAAAGAUUUCUUUUCAGUAGUUUAUUGAAAAUGGCAUUCAGUUUGAGAAUGGUACACCAGAGAAUUGCAGUGUGCAUCCUUCACAGUGAACCUAUUACUGAAUCAUUAUCCUACAGUGAAUUAUCGAACCACCACCCCCUCCACCCCCUCCCCCAACUAUCCACCUGGAUACCCCCAUUGUACUAACCUACAACCAGUGUUGAAAUCUUUAACCUUGAUGAACUGGAACAUGUUUUUCAUUUAAAAAUUAACCUUUCACUUGGACUUCAGUCAUUGGAUUAAUUUAGAGAAUGAAUGACGGAAGGAGAUCAGGGUUGAAACUAAAGCUGUGUAUCACAGACAGGCAGUUGCUGCCAAGAAAAGUCGGUGUUGCUCACAUAGUUUGUGGGCUUUAACUCAUUCUGAAGGGGUUUCGGCUGGGUGUGGUUGGAAGGAGCACUCUGCGGGGGCAGGGGAGUGUGGAGGGAGGACACUGGGGGGUGAAGAGACUGGAGAGGGAGGAUUCUGAGAGCAAAGUGAGUGUGGAGGGAGAACACUGGUAUUGGAGCAAUGAAGGAAAUACAGCAAAGGACAGGGAAGGAGGAUACUGUGUCAGAGGGAGAAAGUGGGACUGAGGGAGAGUGGGAGGAAGAAAAGGCACUGUGGUAUUGCUGAGCAGAUAAGGAAGAAGUGAGGGUUUUGGGUGGCAGCUGAGCAGUUAUGGAGAAUUAGGUCAGUGGUGAUGUGGGAGCAGGUGGGGAAUGGAAGUGUCUGGGGUGGAGUGACGAGAAGGUUGGGCAUUGUUCAGACUGCUGAUGUUUCCUUUGAUCCAUUUUCCAUAUGGAGGGCAUUUUCACACAUUGAGUCACAGCCGAUCAGAACAAUACAAUUUUUCCACUAAGUUUCCCUUUAAUCUGUUCUCCCCACAUUCCCAUCAACUCCCCUCAGAUUCUAUCACUUACCCACAAAUGGGGCAAAUUGUAAUGGUCAGUUAACCUACCAACCUUGGGGAUGUGGAAGUUCAUGAGAGCUCCUGGAAGAAACCUACAUGGUCACAAGAAGAACAUGGAAACUCCAGACAGACAGCACUGGAGGUCAAGAUUGAACCUCAGUCGCUGGUGUGUGAAGUAGCAACUUCACUAACUGCACCACUGUGCUGUCCUAAUCAUUCUCCUUAUAUAACCAAUCAUGGAACCUGUAUCAGAAGUUCACUAAUAAAACUGAGUCUGUUCUUCAGUUUAACUAGUGAGAGCUAGAAUUUGCCAGAGAAAUCAAAUCUUUUGGUGGGAUUUAAUUUUAUAUCUGUGGUUAUUGUUUACCUUGUGAAGGAAACUGUAUAUAUUUCAUAGUUUAACCCCUUGGAUAAUAGGAUUUAGUGUGGUAACAGGCCCUUACGGCCCAACGAGUCCGCGCUGCCCAUUUUAAACCCAAAUUAACCUAUCCGUACGUCUUUGCAAUGUGGGAGGAAACCGGAGCACCCGGAGGAAACCCACGCAGACACGGGAGAACGUACAAACUCCUUACAGACAGUGACGGGAAUCGAACCCCGAUCGCUGGCGCUGUAAUAGCGUCGCACUAACUGCUACACUACCGUGCCGUUUCAAACUAAUUUUCAUAAUUGUUCACUAUGUAUGUGUAAAUUAGUAAAGCAUAUUACCCUACAUUACUGGUGAGCUUGAAGCUACCCUUUUACUACAACCUGAAAACCCAGUUAAUUUCUUCUUUGAAUAUAAGUGUCAGAGCUUUGGCUAAAUUGCCUCUUACAAAUCCAGUCUUAUCUGAGAAAGUGAUGUUAGGAUUAAAUUGUGAGUUUGAGGUGCAUACAGUUUUCUUCACAAAUGUAUUCUGAUUAGAUGAAGUUGUACAAUUUCAAGCUACCAGGUCUAUGCAUAGUGACAGAUGUUUUCCAAACUGUUCAGAUAGAGUUGGAGUUGAAUGAGAUCACUACAACUCUGCUGCUGCCAGAACUCCAUGGCACCUUAUUGAUGCCACUUCCGAGCUGUUGAAUCUGUUCUGAACUAAAGUCAUGUAACAUAAUGGUAACUAUACAGUACAACAGUGUGUCAUCGGUGUAGUGGAACAUUUUCUCUACAAGAGUUGUGUGCUGGUCACUCAGAAUACUAUUACGAGUAGAUCCAUCUCUGAGCUGUAAGUUUGUUGAAGGCAAGGUGAAGUGGGUUUAUUCAAUUUUACUCACCACCUACCUUGGCCCAGUCUAGCUCCAUGUUCUUUAAAACUCAGCUAGUGGUAGUGUUACUGAACCACUCCUGGUGAUGGACAUUGAAGUUCAGCCAGUUUAUGCCUUGCUAGUCAUAAUUCUUAAGUUGCAUUCAUUAUGGAAGAGCAGUUAUUCAUCACUUGACCAAGGGCAGCAGUUGGUAAUCUGCAAGAUUCAUUGCUUUUGUUUGAUCUGGAGAGUGAGUUGGUAUUAUAUAGUUCCACUCUCCCAAAUGUGGGGAUAGAUUUUUCUGCAAUUGCACUUUCUCUAGUUCUGGGGUUAUCCAAACCUCGACUCUACCCUGUUCUGAAACUAAGGCUCAUUCACUUUGAUAUAAUUACUUCCCAUUCUCCAGUUCAUUAUUGUAAGCCAGGUGGUUUGACAAGAGUUGCAAACAUUGGCCUGAAUGAUCACAUCCAGAUGAUAUAAAUUGUGCAUGACCCAUGGUCUCGACUCUUACCAAGCCAACUUUCAUCAGUCCUCCAGUGCGUAAAAUGGAAGAGAUAAGCAGAGGCUUGAGCACAUUGGAAUGCAUUGAUUGAGAAUGUAUUCUCCUAUUGCUGUUAUUCACUGCCAGUGCUAUGGAAGUUACCCUACUGCACGGUAACUAGGUGCAGUGUUUAAGUGCCCUCUGCAACUUUGAAGUCUAGUCUUUGGUCAUUGUGGUGGGUGUAUUCAUACCUCCAUUAUUAUUUUCCAUAAACUGGUGUUUAUGUAAAUUAUAAAAACUUAAGUAACUUCCUAUUGACUACCAGCUUUAUCAGGCAACAAAUUCAGCUGAUCAGAGACCCAAGACUAGAGUCAGAUUCAGCUGAUCCAUUGGUAAAACAACCCAUUUUAUCUUAGAGUCAUCAAGUUACACAGGCCCUUCGGCCUAAUUUAUCCAUGCUGACCAAGGUGCCUUCCUGAGCUAGUCCCAUGCCUGCAUUUAGCCCAUAUCCCUCUCAACCUUUCCUGUCCAUGUACCUGUAAUUGUAACUGUACCCACCUCUACAGCUUCCUCUGGCAGCUCAUUCCACAUACCCACCAUCCACUGUGUGGAGAAGUUGCCCCCAGGUUCCCUUUUAAAUCUUUCCCCUCACCUUUAAUCAUUACCUUCUAGUUUUAGACUCCCCUACCCUGGGGAAAAAGUCUCUGAUCUAUGCCCCUCAUGAUUUUAUAAGCCUCUAUAAGGUCACCCCUCAGCCUCCUUUGCUCCAUAGAAGCAUAGAACACUACAGCACAGAGAAACAGGCCAUUCAGCCCUUCUAGUCUGUGCCAAAACGGUAUUCCACUAGUCCCAUUUACCUGCACCCAGUCCAUAGCUCUCCAGACCUCUCCCGUCCAUGUAUCUAUCCAAUUUAUUCUUAAAACUCAAGAGUGAGCCCGCAUUCACUACAUCAGAUGGCAGCCCAUUCCAUACUCCCACCACUCUUUGAGUGAAGAAGUUCCCCCUAAACUUUUCCCCUUUCACCCUAAAGCCAUGUCCUCUUGUACUUCUCUCUCCCAAUCUAAGGUGGAAAGAGCCUACUCGCAUUAACUCUGUCUAUACCCCUCAUAAUUUUGUAAACCUCUAUCAAAUCUCCCCUCAUUCUUCUGCGCUCCAAGGAAUAAUGUCCUAACCUGUUCAGUCUUUCCCUGUAACUCAACUCCUGAAGACCCAGCAACAUUCUAGUAAAUCUUCUCUGCACUCUUUCAAUCUUACAAAUAUCCAGAACUGCACACAAUACUCCAGAUUUGACCUCACCAAUGUCUUAUACAACCUCACCAUAACAUCCCAACUCCUAUACUCAAAAUACUUUGAUUUAAGGAUGCCAAAUGCCUUCUUUACAACUGUCUACCUGCGACGCCACUUUCAGGGAAUUAUCUGAACUCCCAGAUCCCUUUGUUUCUCUGCACUCCUCAGUGCUCCACCACUUACUGUGUAUGUCCUACCUUGAUUUGUCCUUCCAAAAUGCAACACAUCACACUUGUCUGCAUUAAAUUCCAUCUGCCAUUUUCUGGCCCUUUCUCCCAGUUGGUUCAGAUCCUUCUGCAAGCUUUGAAAGCCUUCCUCACUGUCCACUACGCCUCCAAUCUUAGUAGACUCCAGGUAAGAGUCCCAGCCUAUCCAGUCUCUCCUUUAUAGCUCAAGCUCUCCAGUCCUGGCAACAUCCUUGUGAAUCUUUUCUUUAGCUUAAUCACACGUCUUCACCACCUUGUCUACCUGUGUCGCCACUUUCAGGGAACUAUGUACUUGUACCCCAAGGUAUCUCUGCUUCUAUGACACUCCCCAGGGCCCUGGCAUUCACUGUAUGUCCUGCCCUAGAUUAACUUCCCAAAGUGCACCACUUUGCUCGGUCAUACAGCAUAAAAACAGGCUCUUCGGGUCAAUAUAUGCCAUGCCAACAAAGAUGCCUACGUAAGCUUGUCCCAUGCCUGCAUUUGGCCCAUAUCACUCCAGGCCUUUUCCAUCCAUGUACCUGUCCAAAUUGUAAUUGUACCUGCAUCUGCAGCUUCCUCUGGCAGCUUGUUCCAUAAACCAACCACCCACUGCAUGGAAAAAGUUGCCCCUUGGAUGUCUUAAAUCUUUCCCCUCUCUCCUUAAAUCUAUACCCUCUAGUUUUAGACUCUCCUCUCCUGGGGAAAAAAGAAUGACUAUCCACCUUAUCUACACCCCCCUUGAUUUUAUAAACCUCUAAGGUCACCUCCAACCUUCUACACUCAAGGAAAGAAGGUUCCAGCCUCUCCCUAUAACUUGAGUCCUCCGGUGCCAGUAACAUCCUCGUUAAUCUUUUCUGCACCCUUUGCAGAUUCAUGAGAUUCUUUAGCUUGGCGACCAGAGUUAAAUUCCAUCUGCCAUUCCUUUGCCCAUUUUCCCAGUUGAUCUAGUACUGAUCCUCUGAUCAGUAAAUUGUGUUUUGACCUCCUGGUAACAUGGGUGAGGUUAGCAGGUAGAUGAAUAUUACAGAUAUACUUUAUGCCCAAGUAUGCCUCAAACUUAAGCAGCAUUACCGAAAGAUUUAAGAACAGAUUUAAAAAGCUGUCAGCGUAACUGUUAACUGAAUGGCCACAACAAGUGUUCAGGUAUUUAACACAAUGUCUUGCUAGGCACUGAUGUAUUCAAAUAGGUCUUCUGUCAUUCCUUUUAGUGUAGUUUACAUGCAGCAGUAACUCCUGAGUCAAUGAAAGACUCUGAAGAAUCAGCAAAAUACCACUCUGGCAAUCAGGAAGCAUUGAUUAUAUUGCAAAGUGUCCAGGAGUUGAGUAUAUUCUGUAUAUACUUUGUAUAUUGCUUUACA